UUGAUCCCAGUUCAGUGUCUGUGGGUCCAUAUGCUGCCCACAGUCAAAGAGGGAGUCCCAGGUUCUUGGCAGCUUGCUUUUCCUCAGGAUGGCUUCUGGAAGGCUCAUUAAGUUCGUGGUUUUUGAGCUCCUAGAGUUUGCCGCUUUCUCCAUCCCCACACUCGUGAUCACAGAACAGUUUGCCACCGCCUACCAAGGAACAAGGGCUAGAUCUGACAACACACACUACUGGCUGAUCAUCUCCUGUUCUAUUGCCUAUGUUGCGUUAGUGACUCUACUGAUCUGGGUUCCUGUAAAAGUUAUCCUGCGCAAGAAACGUUAUAUUUACAGAAAAAUUAAAGGAUGGAGACCUGUUCUGAUGAUGUGUGUGGUCCUCACCACACUGCCCUGCCUCACCUUUUCCAUAGCAGUGACUGAGGUUCAAAAGAGCAUUAAUGGGUCCGCUGAUGUCUUACCUGAUAUGUUACCUGACCUGCCCGUAUCUCUGGUUCUGUUAUCCCUGAUCAUGGUUGAUAUUAUUGAAAAACUCAGGAUAUAUCCUCUUAGAGGGAGUCAAAAGAGUAGCGAAAAUGGACACAUCCAUUCAGCCUCUUUGCAACACAUAAAAACUGUGACGGAGCAAGUGAGGCAAAGUCAAGAAAACGCUGCAUCUCCCCAGGCAACCAACAGCACCCAGGUGUCGCAGCCAUCAGGAGCCAUGACACGGAGCCAGGAGUCUGUGUUCAUGGGACCCCAGGAGCCCUCCUGUGACUCCGGAAUCCUGAGAAUGAUGUCCCGGCGAGAUGUCCGGGCAGAGUUAUUCUUAUGGAGCUUUCUCCUGUGGUCUGACACGAUAGAAAUGGUGCGUGUGGCUGGUCACCCCAACGUGUACAAGUCAAGCUGGCUAUACCCAGUCUACAUAUUCAGUUUUAUUUCUCUCCUUCGAAUUACAUUCACUCCCCAAAACCCUCUUCUCAAUUCCCUGAGCGUCCUGCUGCAAGAUUUACCAUUCGUUUUUGUUAGACUUGGUUUAAUCAUUGCCCUGGGGACUAUCACACCCGUACUGGGCCUGUGUAAAAAUAUCCUCGUGACUCUCUCUUACAUUUACUUCAACUACCUAACCAGACUCAGGAUUUUUUCUGCCUUUGAAAUGUCUCCAUUUUAAAAAGAAAAUGGGAUCUAGUAAGGCCUCUUUGUGAUACCUGUGUGCACAUUUGUAAUCCUUCUUUUUUUCUUGGGGCGUAGGUGUUUGCACUACAAAGGAAAUGACUAGAUUGUAGAGAAUAAGCCAUUUUUACUAACUCUAGCAUAUCAGUUUUUUUUUUUACAUAUACAAAUGGUGCUAAAUUUAAGUAAAGUAAUAUUCUUAUACGUUGGCUCUGAGGUAUUUCUAGAAAAUGAUAGUAGUUAAUUUUAGUUAGUUAUGUAUACUGAGGUACCCAACCCCCAGACCAUGGUCCCAGUACUGGUCCGUGAUCUGUUAGCAAGCAAGCAGACCACACAGCACGUGGUGAACCUCAAACUGAGCAUUCCCGCCUGCAUUCUGCCUCCUGUCAGAUCAGCAGCAGCAUUAGAUCCUCAUAGGAGCCCAAACCCUAUUGUGAACUGCGUAUGCAAGGGAUCUAGCUUGCGCUCUUUAAGAAAAUCUAAUACCUGAUGAUCUGAGGUGGGAUAGUUUCAUCCCAGAACCCAACCCCACCCCCAACCCCGGCCGUGGAAAAAUUGUCUUCCACAAAACUAGUCCCUGGUGCCAAAAAGAUUGGGGACCACUGAUGUAUACCACGCUUUUUCUAAGAAUACUCUUCAACGGAGCCCUUUAAGAAACUAAGAACCUUUUCCAUCAAGUUAGCCCAAGAAUAAGAUUUUUAUCUUUUAUAUAGAUUGCAUUAUAUGAAUUGAUUGAUUAAAUUUAGUUUUAAAAAACACACUUGAAAUUAUUGAAUAAUUUUUAGGUUAUACUUUUUUUUUUUUUUGAGACGAUGUCUAGCUCUUGUCCCCUAGGCUGGAGUGCAAUAGCACGAUCUCAGCUCACUGCAACCUGUAUCUCCCGGGUUCAAGCGAUUCUCCUGCCUCAGCCUCCCAAGUAGCUGGGAAUACAGGCACCUGCCACCACGCCAGCUAAUUUUUGUAUUUUUAGUAGAGACGAGGUUUCACCAUGUUGGCCAGGCUGGUCUCAAACUCCUGACCUCAGGUGAUCUGCCCGCCUCGGCCUUCCAAAGUGCUGGGAUUACAGGUGUGAGCCACCACGCCCGGCUGGAUUAUACUUUUUAAAAAUUUGAAAAUUGUAGUUUUAGGGGUUCCUUCAAACGUGGAAUUAUAUUCUUUAUUCCAUUGUGGCAAGGGACUUUUAUUCAAUAAAUUGAUUUCAGCAUAAAAAGCAAUUCACUUUAACAGAUAUUUGGCUCAGUUUAAGGCUUAGCUGUAUUGCCAGUACUGAAGUACUAAUAUGAGUGUUGUUUAGGAUAAUGAAGUCAAGGUACAUCAGUAAUACCAAGAUAAAGUUUCAUAAUAAAAAACCAUAAAGUGAAGACAGAGAUUUCAAAGUAAAAGAAUAUUUUAUUUGUGGAAUUUGAUACUUUGAUAAAUAAUCAAAGUACAAGCCCUGUUUAAAAUUAAAAGUUCGGCUUACAAAUAUAAUAGCCAAUGUAUCAGUGUCUUAUGUGAUACAAUAUCAUGGAUAUAUUGAUGUUAUAAAAUAAUUAGAUACAGAGUCAUGCAACUUGCUUUCACCCUGUUGGGACACUCUGAACAGUCAGCACUGUUCAUUUGAUAGUAAUUUUCAGAUGCUAGAGAGAUUUGUGAGAGGCUGAUGAAUGCAAGAGUAAUGAUUUAUGUAGCCAGUUUCUUCAAUGAUCUGUGAUAACAAAUCAUUAAGAAUGAGACAUAUGGCUUAAGAAUUUGACAUAUGGCCGGCUGUGGUGGCUCACACGUGUAAUCCCAGCACUUUGGGAGGUCGAGGCAGGUAGAUCACUGGAGUCCAGGAGUCUGAGACCAGCCUGGGCAACAUGGAGAGAUUCUACCUCUACAAAAAAUACAAAAAUUAGCCGGGCAUGGUGAUGUGCACCUAUAGUCCCAGCUACUUAGGAGGCUGAGGCAGGAAGAUUGCUUGAGCCCAGGAGGUCAAGGCUAUGAUCCUGAGCUAUGAUCCUGCCACUGCACUCCAGACUGGGCAACAGAGUGACACCCAUCUAAAAAAAAUAAAAGAGAAUUUGACCUUGUAUUAUUCUACGCUCCACCAAAUACCUCUCCCCCUGCCACCCUGUCUCCCUUUCCCUCUGUUUUAGGAUUUUUCUCACACUGUAAAAGAAGAUUUACUCACAGUUGUUAAAAGCUUACCUUCCAUCUUUCUGAUUUGAGGUAGGUUCUUUAACCUCUGUGGGUCCCCGUUUCCACAUGUAAAGAUUAACAUAAUACUAGUACUACAUUAAUAGGGUUAGGAGGGUUAAAGGGUAAAGAGUCCUUUGAGCACAUUAUCUGGCAGACCAUAAUAACUUGAUAAAUGCUAAGCAUUGGAACGGGUACCAAGUCUCUAAGAAACAACUAUCUCAAUGCAGUUUUAGAAAUUUCCUGUUUUAUUCUUUUCUGUGGCCCUGCUCACCCUCUGGGAAUAAUCAUUUCAACUUUGCAUUUGUGAAAAAUAAUACAUACAAUCUUAAGGUUACUUCAGACUAUACUUUUUCAUCGAGCAGUAUUGUAUUCAAAAGUGAUCGAUCUGCUGAAUAUAUAAAUUGAAAUGUACACAAGCCUUCAUUCAUCAGACAUUUGAGUGUCUGUCCUCUGAGUUCCCAUAGAAUCUGAAUUACAGCACUGUAUUCAUACUUACAUUAUGUGUUUACUUUUCUGAGUGUCCUAUUAAUCUUUAUUCCUUAAAGGAAAGCCUGAGGGCAUCUUGUUUAACAAUGCAUCUCUCUCUUCAUCAAUCAAUGCUGCAGGGGCUUACAAGACUUAUAACUUAAAAAAAUUAUAAUACAAGGCUCAGCGCAGUGCCUCAAGUGCCAACAGUUUCGGAGGCCUUGGCAGGCGGAUCACUUGAGGCCAAGAGUUCGAGACCAGCCUGGCCAACAUGGUGAAACACCGUCUGUACUAAAAAUACAAAAAUUAGCUGGGUGUGAUGACAUGCACCUGUAGUCUCAGCUACUUGGGAGGCUGAGGCAGGAGAAUCACUUGAAACUGGGAGGCAGAGGUUGCAAUGAGCUGAGGUUGUGCCAUUGCACACCAGCCUGGGUGACAAGAGUCUCAAAAAAAAAAUUAUAAUACAAGUAAUUACUUUCGAAUUCUGCCAUGGGUAUCUUUUUAUUAUUAAGAAAAGCCUGUCAUCAAGGGAUUCAUUUAUGAUAUUCCUAAAUAUGAAAAUAUUUUAUGUAAGUAUAUAUUUAUCUCCAUAUUAGAACUUAGCAACAGUGCUCAGAUAAACUCAAAAGUAUUACUUGAGUUUAGAAUGCAUUUUGUAUCUAAUAUUUUAAUAUGAAUGUGCCUGAUAUUUUCAGAAGUCACAACACUUUAUACAAAUAAUGAAGGCAUGUACAGAAGAUUAUGUGUAGGAGGAAAAUUGAGUAGCUAAUUUAAUUUCAUUUAAUAUUUUACUUAGAGUGUAUACAUGUUUCUAGACUGCAAGUCUAUGGGAUUUAAUAGAUAUUACAGCAAAUUACACUGUGAAAACAUUGAUAGUUCUACACUGUAAUUAAAUGUUAUAUAUAUUAUUAAAAUUGUUAGAUUGGUGCAAAAGUAAUUGAGGUUUUUGCCAUUGAAAGUAGUGGUGCAUGCCUGUAAUCCCAGCUACUCGGGAGGCUGAAUCAGAAUUGCUGGAACCCGGAGGGCAGAGGUUGCAGUGAGCUGAGAUCUCACCACUAUGCUCCAGCCUGGGCAACAGAUUGAGACUCUGUCUCAAAAAAAAAAAAAGUCAAGUACAGUUAGUUAAAGGAAUGUACAUUUAAAAAUUAAUCUAUGAUUAGGAUAUUAAUAUAUAGUCUAAUAAUUUUAUUGCAUUAUAAUUAUAAAGUAGUUUUAUAAUUUUAUAAAAUUUUAUCGAUGCUGUAAUUUUUAUAAAAUUUUAUUUAUUUUAUAAUUUUACAAAAAAUUCUAAUACCUGUAAUACACUUUUUAGUGCCUUUUCUUUCUAAAAGUUAAUGUUUGAAAUUACAAUGUGUAAAUGUUAUCUCGUCUUGUUUUUCUUAUUAGGGCUCCAUUUCACUGAAUGACAAUUGCAAUGAGGCAUAGGAAAGAAAAGGGAAAUGAAAUUGCUUGCUGAAGUCCUACUAUGUGCUGGGCACUAUGCUGUUUGCCUAAUAAAUAAUUGCCUUGUGCUGUGUACCUUGGAGCAGGGCCUUACAUAGUGAAUAGAUCAAUAGCUGUUCACAAAAAGAGCAAUAUACCACUUAGAAGCUACAGAACUUAAAAAUGGCUACUUAUACUCCAUAGAAGAUAUAGUAAAUAAUAGAGGAAAAAAAUGAAAUGGCUAAAGACAUUUUGUUUUACAAUGGGGCUGUUUUUACAUGUUAAUUAAAAUUCUAUGUUUAAACAAA